CUGAUUUCAGUGUGUUAGAAUAAUGUUAAUCUGUGUGAGUGUUUCCUUGAAGUGAACACACCUCUGCAGCAUCAAGGAAAGUCCUUUUUCCUUCCAGGGGGGAGGUGACACUUGGACGUACAGCAGUGCUGUUUGUUUUGAGAUGUCUUUAAAAAGUGGGAUGAAGCAAAGUGCAGAUUUUUAAGAUACUGUUCUUUCUCUCUUCUUCCUGAGUCUCUUCUCUGCAUCCACUCCUUCUUCAGGAGGCAGCACAUCUCUGUUCAGGGGACGCUGCACCUAGUCUUUGACAAUGAAGUUCAACUUGUUCAGAAAGCCGCAGGCUAUGGCGGCAAACGAGCCCACAGGUGCCACCACCGCUACCAUGGCUCCCACUGCCCCUCCGGCUGUCAUCUCAACAUCUGUGCCAGAAACCUCUGGCUCCAACAACACAGAGAUCAACAAGAAUGACAUGUUCGAGGAGAUCAAGAGCAAAUUCUUGAAUGAAAUUGAUAAAAUCCCAUUGCCGCCCUGGGCUCUGAUUGCCAUCGCUGUGGUGGCCGCAUUGCUCAUCCUCACCUGCUGCUUCUGCAUAAUCAAAAAAUGCUGCUGCAAGAAGAAGAAGAAUAAGAAAGGAAAGAAGGGCAAGGAUGGCAUAAACAUGAAGAACAUGCAGGGUGGCGAGAAACUUCAGGAUGACGAUGAUGACGAGGGAGAGACCGGACUGACAGAGGAGGAGGAGAAAGAAGAGGAAGAGAAAGAGCAGGAGAAACUGGGAAAGCUGCAGUACUCUAUUGAUUAUGACUUUGAGAACACAAAGCUCACAAUCGGCAUCCUUCAAGCCGCAGACCUCAUGUCCAUGGACUCUGGAGGAACUUCAGAUCCUUAUGUCCGAGUUCUGCUCCUACCUGACAAGAAGAAGAAGUUUGACACCAAAGUCCACAAGAAAACGCUGAACCCUGUCUUCAAUGAGACUUUCGUAUUUAAGAUUCCCUAUGAAGAGCUCGGUGGGAAGACCUUGUGCAUGUCUGUUUAUGACUAUGACCGAUUCUCCAAACAUGACGUUAUCGGUGAGGUGAAGCUUCCCAUGAACACCAUCGACCUGGGACGGCCGAUAGAGGAGUGGCGGGAUCUGGAGAGCGCAGAUCAAGAGGAGCCUGAGAAACUCGGAGACAUCUGCAUCUCCCUCCGUUACGUCCCCACCGCUGGGAAACUCACUGUUUGCAUCCUGGAGGCAAAGAACCUGAAAAAGAUGGACGCCUGUGGGUUAUCUGAUCCCUAUGUGAAGAUCCAGCUGCUGCAGGGGGGCAAGCGCCUGAAGAAAAAGAAGACCACAGUAAAGAAGAACACCUUGAAUCCUUAUUAUAAUGAAUCCUUCAGCUUUGAAAUCCCACUGGAGCAGAUGCAGAAAAUCUUGGUGGCGGUCACAGUGUUUGAUUACGACAAGAUUGGUAAGAACGACGCCAUCGGGAAGAUCUUCGUGGGCAGUAAGGCGACCGGCCUUGGCCUGAAGCACUGGUCCGACAUGUUGGCUAACCCACGCCGCCCCAUCGCCCAGUGGCAUGCAUUGCAGCCAGAGGAGGAUAUCGACGGUCAGCUGGCAGCCUUGAAUGCAAAGAAGUAACAUGCUCCACCAACCAGCUAAUGCACUAACUCAGAAACCUAAGCCCCGCCCCUACUUUGCAUGAAAACCCACGACUUACCAAAUGACAACUCGUCAUGAAACCUGCUCAGCAAAAAAAGAGACGUCUUAGAAACCCGCUCACUAUUUUUAAGCAUCACAUCUCACCCAUUAGUGAGUGCUGGGAGGAGUGGCGUUGAGUAACCGGGUGACUGGUUCAUGAGUGAUCGACUUUUGGUCUUUCUUUCUUUGAAGAAACUUUGAAACUGAUUUUUAGGGUGCUGACACUGAAUGAGAAGAAGAAAAUGCUGGAAAUAAAGCUUUAGUUUAGUUUAGUUUAUAGAGCAUGCUUUACUUACCUCCCCUCUUCUCCAUACUUCAUGCCCAGUAUUGUAGCUUGCUAUUAAGUGUGCUAUAACUUGCAAUAGAAAGUACUGUAGUAUUGGGUUAUUUCUUGCAUAGAGUCUGUUUAAGUCUAUAAAUGCAAAACAGAUUUGAGAGUGAAUGAGAUAAAUGUCACUAAAUGCUGCAAUUCAUGUUGCAAUAUAUUUUCAAGAGAAAUCACUUUAAACGAUCGUUUAAUCAGCUCAUGUUUGAGAAGGAGUAUGUAGAAUAAACGGUAUGGCAGGGAUGACACAGUGGUUCAGUUUAAGUUGCUUGUUUUCAUCUAUGCAUUUAGGGACAAACACAUUUCAGUGUCUUCUAACAAAUCUGAUGUAGGAUAGGAGAACAAGGGUGCCUUUCCUGAUAUGACACUUUAAAGAAUACACUAAGCUCCAUUGUUUUAUUUUGAAGGGAACCUUAGAGAGAGUAACUAAUUCAAAGGUAGUCAGGGACACUGUGAAUGUGCCAUCUGAGAUCUGUACUGAGCUGUGUGACCACUUGGAUGUAAAACCUUACCCGUCUGACGGCAGAGUAAGGACACUAGAAGGCUAACCAAUGAUGUUCAAACCAACUAUGACUAUGCUUCUUUUGAAUUCUGCUGUUGCUUCCUAAAAACAGUGCCAUCUAAUGCAUUUUUUAUUUUCAUAUCCAUGAAAAGAAUACAUUUUUCCUUUUUUGAAUGUGGUAGUUUACAGAACAUGCUGCAGUGCACUUCAGUGCUUGUGAAAUAGAUUCAGGAUCACAGAAAAAAAGUUUUUAUAGAGAAUUGAAUCUGAAUUGUAAGUUGUAGCUGGCACUUUUUAAGAGAACAAGAAUUCACAUAAAAUUGCAUAUUUGUAAAGUCUCUACAGGGCAAAUGCUUCAUCAAACUUAGUAUAUGAUAAACAUGUCUGGGAUCAUUUGCUUGAACCAAACAGAACAUGUAUCAUGCCUCGCAGUAUUUCAUGUCGUUUGAGUCGUUCAGUCAUCAGCAACAAGCUUUGUAAAGCUGGAGAGACAGACUACUGCAAUGUGGUGGUGUUAAUACAUCAUCUCAGACAUACAGCGCUAGAGUGAUUAGAGGGAAGGAGGCAAGAAAUGGCUUUGGGAUUUUGAUUUUUAUAUGCAACAGAACACCUAACUGAAUUUUAACUGACAUCUUGCAACCCUUCAUUUAAAUAGAUAUUGUUACUGUUGUAUCUCCGUUUUUAUUGAUUUUUCUAUUCUAUAAUAAAUCAGUGCUAUUGGUCACCAUUGACAUUUGUCAGUGGAUUUUACAAAUUGAAAGUAUGAGAACUAGCUUGUGCCUCAACCCUGUAACUCCCUUUGAUUGGAGGACCUUAAAUGAUAUUUCUAUUCCUUUUUUAAUUGGUCUCUAACAUUGUAACUACUCGGUUGCUCAAUCUUGGUAAAAUAUUAAUUUAAUGAAAACAUACAAGUAACUAACUAUAUAGAAAAGCAUGAUACCAACUAUGACAGCACGGUAUUUGGUUUACAAUUUUCCUGAAAAGUGACUUUUUUGAAGAUUAGAGGCUUGCACACAAAAAUGAUAUUUGUCUUGGCACAUGGCAUUUAAAUGCUGAGCAAAUAUAGAUAUACCAUUAUUAAAUGAUGCAAAGGUUAACUGGUCAUUUUUGGAUCUAAGUAAAAAAAAAAAACCCUAAACAGUAGAAAAUUCACCUGUAAAGUUCAACUUCAAAGUUAAAGCUGCAUUAAGUAACCAGCCUUCAGAGUUACUAUACUGAUUUCCAAACUUUUGCACUCAUUGGUACCUCUGCCAUAGCUCUAAAACAGAAAGUGAAAACCAUGGCCCAGGGUCCACCUGCAGAUCAUUUUAAAUGGACUCACAGCAGAGUAAAUUUAAAAUGAAAUAUGUCCAGUUGGGAAUGCCAGAUCUGCUUAGAGUGUGACAUUAGACAAUAUGAUCGGCUUUACAUUGUUAUGAUGACGUUGGCGAUGUUGUGAUUGGCUGUAUGUCAGAGAAUGUAAGCAACUAGUUUACAAAAACUUGAAAUAACUUGUUUGAUUAAAAAAAUUGAUAUGUAUUAGUACAUUAUUUAAGCAGAAUUUAUCUUUACAUAGAGUAUUUGUGUGGGUUGUGCCAUGGUGGUUUUGUAUAAUGUAAUCAGUUCAGCAUUGCUAGCAGGCUAACAUUGCUAGCACUGAGAAAUGAGUGCUAUGAAUUUAUAUUUCAUUGGUGUUUUUUUUAAAUCAGAAUCUGCCUUAUUCGUCAGUUGUGAUUAAAUGUACAAGGAAUUUGACUUAGAUAAGCCGUGCUUGCUACAUGCUAACAGUUAAACAAUAAAUUUAGAUGUGCAAGCUUAUGGUAACAACACUGCAGUGAUUGUUCAACACAACUGCAAAAACUGCCACAAACACACUUUUGUUACCUCUCUUGUGUUCUGCAAAUCACAACCUGCCAUGUCAUUAUGCCAACAUACAGCCAAUCAUGCUUUGUAAUAUCACUGGUGCUGCUGUGUUUUGUCUGUAAACAAACAUUUUGACCAGAUUUGUUUACAUGCUUUUUCAUGCUUCAAUUGAAAUGAAAAAUGGCUAACAUUUGCAACCAAAACAAUAAAAUCUUGAUUUGUAACGCCCCUAUGAAUAAAGAUGAAAGGAUUAUAGAAGCAAAUACCAGCAUGAGGUGCCUGAAUUUGCUCCCCUUACUGCUCUCUCCAGGUCUAAGUUUUUCUUUCAGAAUUUCCAAUUACUUAGCAUAUCCUAACCUACCUUUAAUUAAUUUUACCAACUAGAAUACAGCAAAGAUGAGGUAUAUCAAAUGACAAUGUCAACCCUGAUCAUUUUCUUUCUAUGGCCCUUAGUGAAAGAAGUGUGAACACCCUUGAAGGAGGGUGCAUUGAAAGGUUAGAAGAAAUUUGGAACACAGAAACUGAUAUGAAAGAGAGAGAGAAAUGUUUAAUUCCCCUAAAACAGCAUGUAGGAGCAUAAUGGAUACAAUAGGUUACUGUAUUCCCAUGAUAAACAGUAAUCAGUACAAUAGCUUGGAUCUGAAAAUGAAGAAAGUGUUUAAUGUUAUAGAAAUGACCAGAAGCAGCAUCACUUCUCACAGAAUUUACUUUUAAAUGAUUAAAAGUGUACCAAAACAUUCAGCUCAUUCAACUAAUAGAAACACUCGUCAGCAUCAAGGAUGAUGUUAACAACAGCAUGUCAAGUGUUGCACCUUUGGCAAAUCACUCUAGCUUGUUAAAGGCAUUUCAAUAAUUAUACACUUGAAUAUAUAUUUAAUAUUAAAAACAACAUUAUAAAUCAGAGUUUAAAUGAGAGACAUAACUCUUAACAUUAUUCUGUCUAGAUCUCUGACAAUCAGCGAAAGUUAAUCUCGAUGGCAGAGGGGACUUUAAGUAAUUCAGAACACAUGGUUAUUCAAGUCCUUCAAUCUGAUUGGUAUUUAAAGUUCAAUUAUAAAUUAGGGCUUCAGUUAAAUUUUAGAACCAGGCACACAGUUGCAGAUAAAAUCCAAACUAUUACAGCUGUUUUUUGCCUCUAUAGGUAGUCGUCAGAAGUAAAAAAAUGUUCCUGCAGAAGGAUGAAAAGCAGCACACUGAUUGGUCCUUCACAGUACUACUUCUUCCUAUUGUUAACAUUAUGCAUUGCGCAAACUCUUGUGAAUAGGCUACAGCAUGUAUUUAAAAGACGAUGUAAAUAGUAGCAUGUUUUGAAGAGGAACCAUGAUUAUAUUGUGUAUGUGUGUUUGUGUUCUGUGUCAUUUUUUGAUAAUAAAACAAGAGUAAAAAAAAGAGUAUGCACUGACUGCAAACUGUGUAUGUGUUAUUGCUGAAUGAGAUUUAAUGUAUGUCUGAAUUACUCAUGUAAGGAUUCACGGGUUUCUUUAGAGCGAAGGCAGGGUCACAUUGUGCAAUAUAUAUGUAGAAAUAACCCUUCAGUUGUCAUAAUAGUGCAUGAUUGUGUGGUUUUCUGUCACUGUAUGUGUCCACUGUGCUAAACUGGAUUAUGCUUGGGCUACAAGUCAUGUAAUAACUAUAGUUUGUCUCUGCUUGAACUGUCUUUAUGUCUAUUAAGGAGAAUAUUUGCCAGCUCCUUGAUUUUCUAUCUCAGUGUACCGUAAGUGUUUCCUUUAUUUACUCCUGCCAGAAGUUGAUUACUUUUAAAUACAAGAAUUGAUCGACUUGUAGCCCCUCUUUCUUUACCUCAUUGAGUUUUACCUUCACAUCUCAUUGCUUUUCAAAUAAACCUACCCUAGCGUGUUACACUGAACCUUUCACAUGAGAAAUGAGUCAAUUUACAUAUGACAAACAAACGUAACAUUUAACUUUAUCAUAGUUUUAUCUAUGCUGGAUUAUUUAUUUGAAUUACUUUCACAGCAUAUUAAGGAUGCAGCAAAGCCAUCAAUAAACUCCUCAUUACAUGGUAUCUAAUGAGUGAACACAGUCACACUAAUGGAUUGCAAUGAGAUGAGCCGGUGUUGUGUCACUUGUGCAUGCUCUGAAGUAAUGAUGCUGUGUUUACCAUGACAUGUUUAAUGUGGGGAUUAUUCACUACCUUUUGCUUUUAGAGUCAAGUCAAUUUACCAUCCACCACAUUUACACAGUGCCCAUUUUCCUCUGAUGUCAACAAUGAAGCUAGUGUUGCUAUAAAGUAUCUAGUGCUGUAUCCCAGGUUUAUAAAAGCUAAACUAGGGGAAUUUUAUAAAAUCCCCCCAAAGAAGUAGGACUUGUUGUACUCAGCAAGAAUAUAGAGUUUAUCUGAAUAGAUGAAGGGCUGAAUUUAAUCACCCAUAUGGUUUGGACAACAUUUCAAGCUCCUAUCUUAUCAUUAACUAGCUUAAGCACACACUAGGGCAGUGUCCAAAUUCAUAUUCUUCAUACCACUUCUACUACAUACUAAAUAUAUAUUAAGCUAACAGUUAGUUUGCCAUUCCACCAUAGUAAAAAUCCUGAUAUCACUGCAUCAUGUGACCUCUUUCCAUUCAAAAACAAAGUCAUUCGACUAAACAGUUAUUUUAACAAUAUUUAACAGGGUUUAAAAUGCAAACCGAUAUGGUUUAUUUUUAAGUCACUAUAGUCUGAGAGCCCAAAUACUUUAUGGGUGAGUCUAGUACGACCAGUGAACUUAUGUGUCAUAGCCUUAUUAAAAAUUGUGGCCAAUCUAGUUUACAUCAGGGAUUUCUUGCAUACACAAAAUAAGCAUGCUAUGAAUUUGGUUGCACUACAUUAUCAAUUUGUUGUCACAUUUUACACAAAAAGGGUUUCAGACCACCAGCCAGCUAAAUUUACAGUGUUCCCAAACCAAAUACUGCUGUAAGUAUGCUGUAUUACAGUACCCUGACUUAAGUGCAGUACAGAGCGCUUAAUCACAGCGGGAAGUGAUGAUGGCAACAGAUGUUAGGCAAUUAUAAUCAAAAAUAGACGGCUAUUUUCAGUCACCAUUAGAUUCACGUAACCUGUAUUUUAUGUUAAAAUUAUCUGCUUAAAGAAAAUGUUCUUGUUUGGGGCUUAAAUGCCCUUUUCUUGAUUGAAAUAUGCUGCCGUUGCUAGCUAGCUAGCAGAUGCUAACAUAAGCUAGCGUGCUAUCAUGCUAACAGUACAAUAAAUGCUAUGUCACUGAUUCAAAGAGUCCAUUGUUUCACACCCAAUUCUUGGACUUUUUAAGAGCGUUAGUAGAAUAUCGGAUUUGAAGUUUUUUUUUACGUAUGCACUAAAAAUAUAGUAUUUAUCACAGAACUAUGUGAUUUGGGACACUGGUAAUCUAGCUGGCUACAAAACCGUAGGCUAGCUUACACCACAACAGGCCUAGUGCCUACUUAUUGUAAAAACCUUUUUGACAUUUGCAGACUAUUUCAGUUUUAUUAACAUAUUAGGAUUCAUAAGAACACUUUUAUUUGAACAGCUUACAAACCUUACAAGCCAUUAAAAUUAGCUUAAAGACAACAGUGUAGCUAGCCUACUCACAGGGUGAUAUCAGAGGAAAAUGACAGCUUUGUAUAUUCAGAUAUGGAUCAUUUUUCACACGUACACAGGACAUGAAGAGGAAAUAGCAUUGACUUCAUUUAAAUCAAUAUGUUAAUAGAUGAAUAAUGCAGCACAGUUUAAUUAUAUUUAUAAAGUUCACAUUAAGCUAGCAUAGUACUCAUUUUCAAUAUUUACAUAUUUUCCCCUGGAAAACCAAUACUCAUAGAGUAUUGUAGCAAAUGUUUGUCAUGAAAACACAUUGACAGUUUACUAGUAACUGCUAUCUUACAGCGUCUUUGUCAUGAACAUGGAACUAAAAAUAUGGGAAAGGGUUUCAUUGGACAUAAAACAUACCCAAAGAGUCAGGAUAGUUUAAGGGAAUUAAAUACUCUUAUAAAACAUUUUAGGCCACCUUUAAACGAUUUUUGUUGUUGUGAAAAUUGUAAAAACAUGAUUUAGCCAGUCAGAACUUUAAGAAACAAAGCCCCAACAUUGCGGAAAUUUUAUUGUGAAGAAACACCUCAUGCCACCUUGUGCUAACAUAUGAUUAGGGUCAUCCCCUCUCAUCUUCAUGAACUGCCAUUUACAUUCUUUUUUUUAUCUAUUUAUAAAAGACAAAUUUAGCCUUUCUGGUCCCUAUUUUUCUCUUAAUAACCUAUAUGUCUGUUCUCUGCGAUGCAGGCAACAAAAUCCUUGUCUUCCUUCCAAAGCCAUCCUGAGCACAGAGCAGACCCAGACAAUGAUAUUCACAAUGCAAUACUGCCAACCUGCUGCUUCAAUAAUUGUGUCUCUAGUCCUCCGAUGUGAGCAUAGCCAUGAUACAGAACAUCCAAAGACCUGAUCCCCAUCUGCGCCAUCAUUCAAUUCAUCCACUUCACAAACAACACAGACAACAGAAAUGCCCAAAAGUCUUUCUUGUUUUUGUCUUGUUGUAGAGGUGUGUCAAUAGUUGUGCCUUUUCUUGUGAUCUGCAUGGUUAAUUUACGUAUUUUUUUUGUUUGUUUGUUUUUUAGCAAAAAAAAAAAAAAAGAAAAAAAGUGGGAUAAGAGAAACAACCGUAAAAAUGUGCUCAUAAAUCACUUCUGUGGAACUGAAUGACUCAUGGGAUUAAAAUGAUGGGAUGGUUGGAAUACGUCUGUGUGUUGUCAAACUGUAAUCAUAGGAAAUAAAGGCAUUUUAAUUAGCCUGGUCCGGUGUGGUGUGUGUAUAAGGGGCUGGAUGGUGCUUUUCCACAUAGGGACAAUAGAUGGCAUCAGACACCAAAUGCUAUGCAUUAUUAGACCAUUAAACUUGGCCUUUAGGUCCACAUCCAUACUUUUUCACAUGGCACCGGCACAGCAAUGGGAGCCUUCUGUGGUUAAAUCUCUUGCUUAAGGACAUACUGACAUGUGACUGCAGCCCUCACAGUCACCCUGUAAACACUAAAACCUUCUCUCUUUAUGUACUGCAGCAGCAAAAUUAUCUUGCUUCACAUUCAGAUGAUUUAAUCAGUCCAAUUUAAAAUUACACAUCCAGCACUGUAAGACGUAGUUGACAUUUCUUAUAGUGAUUUUAAUUGCACUAAAGUUUGUUCUAGAAGUGCUGCACAUUAUAACAGGACACAUUACUGUGACAGUUAAAAACACAUUAGCUUAUCAAAUGAAAUAAAUACUCUGCAUAAAACACAAUACUUAUUCAUUACAAAAUGUGUUUAAGCUCAGCCUACAGGCUGGAUUAUAAUGCUUGUGAUUAAAAAAAUGAUACUCUUUGUACAGUGCAUGUUUAAAGAAUUAUAGUUAAGUACAGAAAUAACAGAAAGCUCAAAUGCAGGUUAAUUCACGGUGCAUAUCAUUCUCUAAACACCUAAACUAGUUCCUUGAUGGUGAAUGGGGUAAGUGAUGGCUGCUCGUGUCAGUCUUCAUCAUCAGUGUGUGAAAGUGGGGUGAAUGAAUAAAUGUGACCUUCAGAGUAAGAAUAAGUCUUUUGCAUGGUCAGACAAGUAGAAAAGUGCUAUACAGGCUGAAGUCCAUUUAUCAUUGAUAUUUUUUAAGUUCCUUCUUUCAGUCAAAACAGACUCGCCUUAAGAGUAUCCUCCUUUUCUGUGAGAGAACACAUAGCUUGAAGUAGAAAUAAUAACCCAUAAAUAAUCUUAUCUUUUAUUUUAACAAAACCACUAAGUUUCUUCAGAUUUGUCAGCUGUCUGCAAACAGGAUUGACUCUGUUCGUUCUCUACUCGUUCAGUCUUUUCUACAGAAGCUUAGUGACACCUAGUGGACCUUUCCGCAAACUGCAUCAUUCAGAACAUCAAUAACUUUGAAACAGUAUCUGUUAAAAUUAUGGGUGAGUGACAAAAAUAUUGAACUUUUUUGGGAUAUUCUAAUUUUUUGAGAUGAACCUGUAUCAUAAAGAUAAAUAACAAAAUCAGCAGUAUCUUAACAAUAGACCACAUAUUGUAUCUGAAUUUACUAUGACAUAUAAAAAUAACAAUAAUAUUCCUAAAUAAAUAUAUAAUGAAGAAUAUUGUCCCAUAUUCCUCUUGAUUUAAUUAAAAAAAAAUCUAAAUAAAAAAUAACAUACAGGACAAGAAGUUCAAGAGAUCCCUCAGAUAAAAUCUUUUUUCUUUGAAAAUUACAAGUAUUUGCUCUUAAUUUAAACUGAAGUAAAAAUAAAAAAUAAAUGAUAAAACUAAUCAUACAAUGCGACCAGACACGACAUUUUACUUUGAAAGUUAGAAGUAUCUCCUCCUCAUUUAAUAUGAAAUAUAAAUAUACACAGAAAUUACAUUAAGUGCGACAAAACGUGAUCAUUUACCUUAAAAAUGAAAUGUAUUUUCUCUUCAUUUAAUGUGAAAUAUAAACUUUAAACAAAAAGUAAGGAAAUUUGUGUU